ACGAUCCGUCGUACCGCGUAGAUCUGAUCGUUCAGUAUUAAUCGAGAGGAUUCUAUCAAGGAUCGAUUAUAAUAGCAGGAAUAAAAAUGGAUCCUGCUAUUGAUAGGAUGACGACACGAUUAAUCCUAUUGCUCAUCCUUUCUUUUUUUACUACUUUUUCUCAUGGAUUUAAUACGAAAUGUCGAACAAAAACUUCACCAGGCAGAGAAGUGAUUUGUUAUACUUCGAAAAAGGACGUAAAAUUAAUCGGAGAUUCGAUCUGCAGGUGCACCACUUUGGUAUAUCAAGGAUACGACAUACAAAAUCUUUCAGUUACCGAUUUUCAAGAAUUUAGCGAAGAUCUAAAAGAAGCGAAUCCUCCACUCCAAUUCGUCAUUUCCGUUAACGAUCCUGCAGGAAUUCUUAAGACUUCCGGUACGAUUCGUCAGACGGCUGCUGCCCGUUUAGUUAACAUUUUAAAUGAGGUUGACGGUGUGGAACUAAAUGUAACAGCUGGUUCAAAAGAACGUCUUUAUCACUUCGUAAAGGGUCUCAAAGACGAAAUGGUACGAAAAUCGAUCGACAAAAGAAUACUGAUGUCAUUACCAACGAAACCAGAAGAUUUAGCGAAACAAUUCGAUUUAAAACAACUUUCAAAAUACGUGGAUUUAUUUACGAUUGCCACUCAUUACCUAACAGAUGACGAUGAAGUCUAUUAUACUUUUCAUCCUUCCCGUAUGAUGGGUCUAUUCGAUAUGCUCAACACGGACAGCUUAGUUGAUCUUAUAAGCGGAUUAGGUGCACCAAAGAACAAGCUAUUGAUUUCUAUGCCAUCAAGUGCUUACAAAUUCAAUUUGAAAAAUGAGACGGAGAAUGCACCAAGGUCAAAUACUGAGGACAAAUAUCCAACUGUCAUCGAUCGGAAAGAGUUCUGCGAAUCAAUGGACGACGAAGAAUGGACGAUCGAAAGAGACGAGGAUUUAACGGCACCGUACGCAUUUAAAAAUAAAACAUGGAUCGCAUUCGAGGACAAAAUUUCAGCUCGCAUUAAAGGAAAAUAUGUAAUUCUACGUGGACUUGCUGGCUUGGGUAUUUGGGACAUAGAAAAUGAUUUAAAAAGUGAUUGUGGUGAACCGAUUACUCAUGAUGUUUAUCAGUCUUUUAGAAAUUUAAAGAAAAGAUCGGCACACGAUGUGUUCACUUCGCUGGAAGAUGAUCUUCAUCAAGCAAAAAUUACUUAUCCAAAUAAAGUAAAGUCAUCGGACUACAGAGUGGUUCGAGUAGUUGAUACCGAGGGACACAUUCGUGCAGUACGCGAAAAUACACAAACUGAAUUUCCUUGUGUAAGGCAAGGUUUCUUUGUGCAUCCAAAAAGCUGCAACAGAUUUUAUCGAUGUGUCAAAUUCAAUCAAGCCAUAGAGAAUUACUCGGUCUUCGAAUUUGAUUGUCCAGCUGGAUUGGCAUUUGACGAGAGAACAGAAGUUUGCGUUUGGCCAGGAUCCUUAUCCCAAGGAUCUCCAUGUCCUGGAAGUAGCGAAGUUGCACCUGCUCCUCAAGUUAGAUUUCAAUGCCCACCUAAGCCAGGAUAUUAUGCUGAUCCACGAAAUUGUCGUUGGUUCUUUGCUUGCAUGGAUUUAGGUGGACCAGAAAUGGUGGCUUUCGAAUUUCGUUGCCCUUAUGAAUUGGUAUUCGAUCAAGAAAAAUUAGUUUGCGAGUGGCCUUGGUUGGUACCUAGUUGUUCAAAUUCUGGAUCGGGCUAUACAAGAAGCGAAUAUGAUAUUCACGCUAGUAGCGGAUCUACUCAAGGUGUGGGUGGAUUUGUUACCGGUGGAAUACCCGAUGGAUUUUCAGGAACAACCGGAGCAGGUUAUUAUCAAACUGGUGCUAAUGGAUUUACCGGUUCAUCUAAUACACGAUUUACGGGUUCAUCUGGUACAAGAUUUACGGGUUCAUCUGGUACAAGAUUUACGGGUUCAUCUAGUACCCGAUUUACUGGUUCAUCAAUUGGACACGGCAUUGGACAAUCAGGCUUGAAUACAGGUUACUCGGACGUAACUGGAGGAUUUUCAACUGGAUCAGGUACUAGUAGUACUACGGGAUAUGGAUCAAUUACUGGUUCACAUGGAAUUGGUGGACAUUAUACGGGAAGUGUAUCAGAUGGAUUCAAAGGUUCAACAGGCACAGGAUAUAUUGGAAUUCAAACAGAUACUGAUGGAUCUAGAUAUUCAGGAUCGUUAGGAUCAAUAAGUAGUAGUGUAUAUCGGGAUUCUACAACUGGUGUCCACGCAGAAUCGGGAUAUACGAAAACUAGUAGUGAUUCGUCGAGUUCUAACACCUAUAUACAAUCGAAUGGUCAUGGUUCUUUUGGAUCAGAAUAUUCGCAAGGAACACGUGGUCCUUAUCAAGGUUCUAGUAAUACGAUUCAAACUGGUGGUGGAUCUGUAGGAUCUAUUAAUGGUGUAUAUACCGUAUCGACCAGUGGAUUAUCAGGUUCCCAAUAUACGGGAAGUUCAGUAACUGGUAAUGAAUACUCUGAAUCAUCUAGUACUGGUUAUAAAGGAGGAUCUGGAAAAAUUGAUUCUGGUUUUGGAUAUACAAGACCAAUAGAUUUACAUACUCAAGGUUUUAACGAACAGAAAGGAUCUAGUGGAUAUUCAGACAGUACAUUGUAUUCGGGAGUAACUAAAGGAACAUUGGGACAAACAGGAGGUUACACAGGAUCAUCUGGAAGUAGCUAUACUGAUUCUUCGAAUAGAGGAUAUUCUCGAAGGCCUUCUAUUUCCGGAUCUUCUGCUGGAAUUGGACCUGCUGAAACAAUUGAUUAUGCAGGAUCUACAGGAUCUGGAUAUACUGGAUCAGAUUUCUCAACGAAAACACAAUAUACAGGCUCAUUUGAUGCGGGACACUUUGGAGGUUCUAACACUGUAUUUACAGGAUCAACGUCAAUAGGUUCAAAUUAUCCUGAUAAAUCGAUAGUAGAUGGAAAAGUUGUACCGGGAAUAUUACAAGGUGCAGGUUAUGACACGACAUCUACAUUGACACAAGGCCAUACAGGUAGUAGUUCUCAUUAUUUUGAAAAAUCUAAAGACUCUGAAUUGCCUGGUUAUACUAUACCAGUACAAAUAAUACCCGAGGAAGUACCGUAUUAUACAAGUGGUGUUACCGGAGGUAGUUCAGUAACAGAUACUGUUAGUGGAACCUACAGUGGUGGAAAAAUUGGUUCGGGUUCUACAGCAUCAGUAUUUACAAAUUAUCCAGGCCAAACAGGUACAUACAUUACUGAUCAUACAGUAUCUCGUGGUCCCACAUAUUCCGGAAUAAAAACAACUUAUACUGAUGGUACUGGUGCAACAAACGUUUUCCGUAAAGAUGGAUUCACUAAAUAUGAUAGUGUUCCAGGAAGUAAUUUAAAUAUUACAUUAGUACUUGAUAAAACUACGCCUAUACCUAAUAUAUUUUAUCAACAUACUGGUUAUUCUGAUGGUUAUAAUCUUGGACAAACAAGCACUGGCGCUAUCAUUACUGGUACCAAUGUCGAAGGAGCCAUAGUUACUGACGAUUCUUCUUCUGGAUCUGUUAUUACUCAAGGAGAUAUAUCUGGAUCAAUUUCAACAGGAUCAGCUCAACAAGGAACUGUUAUCACUGGAAGUAGUCAACCAGGAUAUGUAAAAACACAAACUGGUUCUCCUGGCUAUGUUGUUAGUGAUGGAGUUAAAACUAUCUAUUCUGAAUCAGCUAGUCCAGGCACUUUGUUGCACGGAUCCGUUUCUUCGGGCGUUUCAUUGGGUGGAACUCCUACUUCUGGCAUAAUCUUACAGGGACAGAGUAGCCCAAGUAUUCAAUUAACUGGCCAAACUUCUAGUGGUGUUUUAGUAGGUGGAAACGUUCAAGAAGGUACUACUGUUGGAGGAAAUUAUUUCUAUACCGGUUCUGAAUCAUCAGUUUAUAAUAGUAACAGAGGUUCGACUAAUGUAGGACAGGUGACCCCUUCAACCACUGAAAGUACAAGUUAUAAAACAAAUGAGUACCAUGAUAACGGAGGACGUGGUACCAUCAAAUUUAAUAAUGGUCUCGUUACCACUAAAUACACUGAAAGUGAUCUUACAGAUUACAGAACUUCAAUUGGUACGCUUCCCGAUAAUGUUGUACCUGGAGGCAGAUUGGACGGAAUCUACAGUCAAACAGGUUCUUCGGGAUACUCUUCUACUAAAUCUAAUACAUUCACUCAAGAUGGAUUUACAAAAACAGGACCAACAAUAACGGGAUAUGUAACUGCAACCUUAGGUGGUAGAGGAUCUUACGCUACCAGUACUGGACAGCGACCUACAAUAAAUUAUGAUAAAAUUGGAGAAAACGCUUUUGACGGAAAUGUUGCUGGGUACACGAAAACGUCUAAGAUUCAUUCAAAUGUAAUUACAUCAACUGAGGCACCAGAUGCUACUCACAUCGACACGUCUAAAAUCACUUUAGGACCAGCUGUAUCGCAUUCGGUAUCAAAUAUUUACGAUAAUACUGGUGGUACAGGAUAUUCCACGUCUAGCGGAGGAUCUUAUGCGGUGACGACACCUUCUUACCUAGAUGUUGGAAUUUAUCAAACACCAUCGACCAUAGAUUCUGCUGGAGUAACACCUAUAUCGACUGGUGUUGACACGUACAAUAAACCAAGCUACGUAUCUGAACAAGUUCCAACAGGAUUUGUUAAACAUAAACAACCCUCACCUACUGUUUCCUCAGGACUUUACACUACUGGACCACUUGAAAAUUACAGAACAACAAUUUUCGAAGCAGCUAAAAUUCCAGUAUCCGAAACUAUGGUUCAAUCAGUAUUCGAUAAUGGUUACAAAACUAUUAUUUCUUCAACACCUAUUCCAAUUACUUCAACCGGAGCAACAUAUACUUAUAAGGAUAAUCGCUUCAACACUGGAUCUCUUUCCACGCAUGGACAAUCUGUCUUCGAAACUGGAACUUCUUUCCAAUCAACUGGUUUAUACAAUCAAACGGAUCACAUCCCUGUUACCACUUCUUUACCAUCAGUCUCUAUAUCUUCUGGAUAUGUUUCGGAAAAGUCAAGACCAUCAACAAUAUUUGGAACUUAUACACAACCGACUUUGCAACCAGAGAUACAAUACGUUCCUAGUAGCACUACAGGAUCCGUUUCAAGUGGUUUUAAUGGUUAUACUUAUACAAAAGGGAAGAUACCAUUUGGAAAAAAUGUCACACCUUCUACAAUAAUUUAUCAGCAACCGACAGAAAGUAUACAGUCAUCGUCAACGACACCUUCUUCACCUAUCGGAGUAAUCUACACGAAACCAUUCUCAUUAUCCGGUAUUACUUAUGAUCAGUCUACGCCAAAAUCUAUUUCAGUGAUUGGGGAUACGUCAUCUAGUCAAGAUUACACGACGAAAACAAAGACAUCAUUUGGAUCGAGCACUUCUUUUGGAGGAUCACCAACGAAUUUAGAUAUCUCACGAGAUAAAGUAGAGACCCUUGUCAAUAAUUACAACAGAGGAACAGUUAAAUAUGUUCCUAAUAAGUAUGACACUUAUACUGGAAUCGAUAGUACAAGUUCUACAGGAUCGACUUACAGAGGAUCAAGCAGAAAACAAUCAUCCUAUUCGACUUCGGCCGGUCAAACUUACGUUGGAUCAACUAGAACGCAAAGUACACCAAUUAUAACGACAUAUUCAGGUGGUUAUAGCAAAACGUCAUCUGUAACACCGUCUUACGAAAUAAGCACGAAAACAACUGCCGUUCAAACUAAAGGCAAAGUUAUUGUUAAGUGGAGCGAUCUUCAUCCAUUACUCAUUAGCAAACUCGGUGCAGAAUGUACUUGUAAAGCUGAUCCCUUCGGAACUCUUCGUGGACCUGGAAAGAAUUUAAUAAACUCAUCGAAGGGUCAAAUAGAUCUUGCCAAUUACGACGAAUCAGAUGUCUAUGUUGAUCUAGAAAAUGAUGGCUCCGGCGAAUAUGAUUACGUUACCAAUUAUGAAUCUUCUUCACCGAGACCUUUUAAAAUCGAGAAUAAGGCUAUCACUGGAAACACUGAUAAGAUUUCUUCGAUCAAGAGUGUGUCUCCUGGUUCGACCUAUUUACCUAGCGUAUCUACCUCCGCCGUUACUCGCAGUUAUAUUCCCAGUGAAAGAUCGGGAAAGAAAUUGGAGCAAAGUGAUUCAAGUACCAAUUCAAUCGGUGGCUCGUCUACCAGCUUCAAUAGCUUUGUUCCGAAAAAUCUCGAGGAAUCCGAAGAGAUUCUUGAAGGUCCCAACAACUGUGCCAGACCUGGUCUUUUCAGACAUCCAAACUCCUGUAACAAGUUCUAUGCUUGUCACUGGGACGAAUGGAAGAAAACAUUUACUCUUCAUGUAUUCAAUUGCCCGGUGUUCUUGACCUUCGAUAACAAUGCAGAUGCCUGCAAUUGGCCUAGCAAGGGACCAGCCUGCCAAGAUGGCAACUUAUUGGUUUAAAAUUACAACUAUUGUUCUUCCAUUAUUCGUUUAUUUACGAUCACGAGCAAACAUUUCUUUCCUUUUAUUGUCUUCUUCUUCUUCUUCGUCUUUUGAAAUUUCAAAGUUGCAACGAUACUAAAUCCUCAGAUCACGUGAAACCUAAUGGCAAUCGUUAAUUUUUUAUUAAUUACGAAUGUUUGACAAAAUUCUUAAAAAGCGUAUUAACAAAAUGAACGAAACGAAAAAGAAAGAAAUGAGAUAAAAUUUCUAACAAUCAGAUCAUAACGUACACACAAGUUAAAUUAUUUGAAAGAUUUUCGUUUUAUUUGUUACCUGCAUGAGUACUAACAAAAACGAUAGAUCACGAGAUCAUGGAAAUUUCUUUUAAAACUUGCUACAAGAAACAAAAACAGUUGUCUAUUCCAAUUGAAGAAAAAGAUGUAAAUGACAAAAGAGAAACGUGAUUCAAAAUGAACGAAAUGGAAGAGUUCUCAAGGCGCAUAGAUGUACUGACGCCUCUCGAGUUUAACAAUAAGUGAAAGCCAACUUUAUUGUGAUCUUUGAUCCAAAUCGAACCGAGAACUCGAUACGAACGAUUUCGAUAAGAUAUUCUCGUGAGCAAUUGUAAAUAUUUCAACUUUUAUAUUUUCUUUCUAUCUCUUUCUAAAUUUGUAUAUAUCUAUUAUAU